CGAGGAGCAAAGAUCUAAAAAAUCUUAAGUUUCGAUAAUUAUUACAACAAAUUAAAAAAAUGUUUCCCGACACAACUUUUUCAGCAUUCACGCAGUGUUAUUAUGCACCACCAAAUGCGUAUAGGCUUCAUAAUUGUACUUAUGGUAAUAUACAGCCUAUCUAUGGUAAUCCACAUAUAUAUCAAACUUCUUGGCAAUCACCGGCUACAACACUUCCACUAACAGAUAAUCGACUGUAUUCACCGGCUACAACAAUUUCAGCAACGGAUAAUCGCAACCAUUGGCGAACAGUAUAUAGUCGUGAGCAAGUGGCCGAAUUAGAGUCCGAAUAUAGAGGUUGCAAGUUUGCCAAAGGUGCGCGUAGAAGACAAAUCGCAGAACGCAUAGGAGUGGACGAAUUAAAAGUAAGAGUGUGGUUCAAAAAUCGACGAGCCAAAGAUAAGAAGCUUUCGGCGAUCGCCCCUUCUAAUUCCGAGAAAAACGGAUUAUCUGCGACAGAAGAAAUCUUGGAUUCUUUAAAUAAUCCCAACGGAGAAGCAUCAUCAACUAGCCAAAACUCAUUAAAACGAUUGAGCUGUGACGAUGUAGAUGACCUUCUGCAAGCGGUUGAAGACUAUAUUCGGGAAGAAAGAGAACUACAACCACCGCCUUUAAAGAAACCUAAAGUGGAAAUAUUGGAGCAUUUGAUUUUCAAUCCAACUAAAAAUUGUUGGGUUCGAUACGAUUCUUUAUGUUCGAUGUGA